AGUUAAUAAGAUAACUGCGAACAUGAAGCACGUUUUACUAAUUUUGCUACUUCCGUCUAUCAGUAUGGCCCACCUGAGCAUAUCGGAUAAGGUAGACGUAUGGGAAGCUGCCGUUGAGCCUUACGUCGAAAUAUGCAAGACCGAGUCGGGGGUUAAUCCGUUGUAUCCGGAACGAAUGAAGUUUUUGGAAUUUCCCGAUGAGAAAAAUUUUAGAUGUUACAUGAAAUGUCUGUAUGAAAACAUGGAGGUGAUGGACGACACGGGAGUAAUUGACAUUGCUAAAUUUGCCAGUCAGCUGACUCAUGGCAAUGUAGAUCUUGCGGAAGAAUGCAAGGGACAAGUUCGCGAGGAAACAGAUCUUUGCGAGCUAGCGUAUAAACUGUUGCUGUGCACGGUACAUUUUGAUUCUUAAUUAGCUUAAAUUUCUACAUUGCGCCGCAGAAGAUAUAUUGUCAAAUUAUGUAGUGUAAAUGCCUAAUUUCGAAAAUAUCAAAAAAAAUAAAUUAAUUAAUUCACAAAGAAUUCGAGAAAACGCGGAAAAUACAA